ACUCAGGCUCCAUCUCCUUGAUGAAGCCUGGAGGAGAAUGAGGAGGAGGAGGAGAGCGCAGAGAGGCAGAGAGGAGCAGCAGAAGCUUGCGGGAAUGAGAGCCGUCCGCGCUCCAUCACCACCACCACCACCAUCGUACUCAUCAUGCCUCAGACCGCCACCACCAGCAGCCGUCCACUUCGCUCCGCGACCGCUCCCAUAAAUAAAUGAGCCGAUGAGCGGAAGAAGAGGCCGAAGACCAGUGCAGCUUCGGCCGGCGAUGACAACGUUGAGGCGGACAACGACCACCGAGUGAAGCCGCUCCCCCUGCAAGAUGGUCCGCGUGGCCCGGGCCCUGGGUCUCAUCAUCCUGUGCGUGGCCGUGCUCAUACUGUCCCUCAUCAGCUAUGUGUCCCUCCGCAAGGACAGCCUCUUCGGCUCGUCCAAGUACACGGGAGGCCCCAGGAUCAUGUUCCACGCAGGCUUCCGAUCUCAGUUCGCCAUGAAUUUCCUGGACCCCUCCUUCAUCCCGCUAACCACCGCCCUCAACGAGGAGCUCCAGGGAAAGCCGUCCAAAUGGAAAUUCAACAAGACUGCCUUUUUCCAGCAGAGGAAAGAUAUCUUCAACUUCAUUGACAUUCCCAAGAACUUCUCACUGACCAAGAGCAGCGUGCGAGUGGGUCAGCUGAUGCACUUUGACUACUCCAGCCACAAGUACGUCUUCUCCAUCAGCAACAACUUCAAGUCCCUGCUGCCCGACGCCUCGCCCAUCCUCAACAAGCACUACGGCACGUGUGCCGUGGUGGGCAACAGCGGCAUCUUGACGGGCAGCCACUGCGGCUCUGAGAUCGACCAGGCUGACUUUGUGUUUCGCUGCAACUUCGCCCCCACCGAGGUCUACGCCAAGGAUGUGGGCAGGAAGACCAACCUGACCACCUUCAACCCCAGCAUCCUGGAGCGGUACUACAACAACCUGCUGACCAUACAGGACAGGAACAACUUCUUCCUGCACCUGAAGAAGCUGGAGGGGGCCAUCCUGUGGAUCCCGGCUUUCUUCCUGCAUACCUCGGCGACGGUGACCCGGACGCUGGUGGACUUUUUUGUGGAGCACAAGGGUCAGCUGAAGGUGGAGCUGGCCUGGCCCGGGAACAUCAUGCAUGACGUCAACAAGUACUGGAAGACAAAGAACCUUUCUCCCAAACGUCUCAGCACGGGCAUCCUCAUGUACACGCUGGCGUCGGCCAUGUGUGAUGAGAUCCACCUGUACGGCUUCUGGCCCUUCGGCUGGGACCCCAACACGGGCAAGGACCUGCCCUACCACUACUACGACAAGAAAGGGACCAAGUUCACCACCAAGUGGCAGGAGACCCACCAGCUUCCCAGCGAGUUCAAGCUGCUCUACAGGUUGCACCGCGACGGCGUCACCAAACUCAGCCUGACGCACUGCACGUAGACCCGAGCCAGUGCUCAAACGGCCCCUGCAAUGCAUGAUGCGCGUCGAGGUUCACCGCACUCACAUUCCACACGACGGAAUUUCACGGCGCUUGGUUGUGGACGGCCCACGUGGUUCCGCAUUGUUAAGCCUCCAUUACUCUCCUUCGCAUGGCGGAACAACUGAAAAACACAAAUGCAGUGGAACCUCUCAAGUGGAACAACAUUUAGUACACACUUUUCCCACAAAGUCUACUGGAAACAGAAUUACAAACUUGUGUGUACUGUGACAGUUACUGAUCAAAUUAAACAUUUCAAGUGUAAAAAGAAGUUAACCGCUAAUAGGAAAAUGUAAAAAAAAAAAACAAACCCACACAUUUAUUUUUGCCUUUUUGAUUUUCCCCCCACACGGUGACAUAUUAGGUUAUAAUGUUCUCGUAGAGCCCAGUUUUUAGCACUUUUAACUUUCAUAAAAAUGAGGAGGGUUGUCAAAUGAUUAAUCAUUUUAAUCGAAUUAAUCACAGUUUCCAAUUUAAUCAUGAUUCAUCUCCAUUUGUAAAACUUUGUCUGAAAUAUGCCCAUUUUUUGCCCAUCUGAUGAAAAAAAAAAAGGUAAACGACACGACAGACUUAUAUAUAUUUGUAUGCUAAAAGAUACCAAACAUGUUUGAAGACGUAUUUGCCCAUCACUAGUCGCUUUAAUUGUAGCAGAACAUUUGAAUCACACUUUAACCGUGUUAUUAUGAGCCAAAAGAGGUUGCGUUCAAAGACACCACGUAAAUUUAUAAGUUGAAUUCACCGUUUUGAGUGCAGAUGUACAGUAUAUUGUGAUGUUCGGAGUAUCCCUGAACGUUUGUCUAGAGACAAUGAGGGAGUGUUGUUCCGGUGACAGGCGGACAAGAGGCGUGUUUGUGAGUUGGAGAUACAUUCGUGGUGUUGGAAUGAAGCUGCUGUUGAUGUGUUCAGGUCAGAAUAAAGUCAUAAAAGUGCGUCAGCCUCUGUGUGUGGACGCCAUUGUGCCUUGUCUGCCGGCAUAACAGAGAGACGUGGCUUGACAGCAUUAAUUGCACAAAAAAUGUUUGUGUAAUUAAUUAAAUGAAUUAGUCACGAGCUAUUAAAUACUGUUAAUUGUAAAAUGUACUGCUUGGAAGGUUCUCAUAGCUGUCAGAUGGCACUUUUUAACAUUAUUAACAGCCAUGCAAGUGUAAUAACAUGAUAACCCCUGAUAUAGUAAAACGUAAAAACAAUAAAACUGGUUCUUUUUCUCCCAACAUGGUGACAUAUUACUGCUCGGGAGGUUUUCGUAGAUCUCAGAUGUCACUUUCAAGAGUAAAAAUAAGAUAAGCGCUGUCGACUAGAGCUUUAAAAACCUGUCAAAUUUUAGAGUAAAUUGCGUACUCACCAAAUUUCUGGGCUUCCACUUUAGAGGUUCCACUGUCGUCAAGUCUUGUUCCCAAAGUCUCGUGUUGACUGAAAUCACUGCCUAAUCUCAGGGAAGGGAGUUAGUUCAGUGUUUUUUGGGAUUCCCCGCCUUUCCUCUCGGCCCGCAACACAAGUUGUCUGACAAUCUGCACUACUCUUUGAUAUCUGUUUACGAGACUGUACACGCGUGUUUUUCAAGUGUAACACCUCCAAAGCUUUGUGGAAACCCGUCAAAAUGUUUUGGGAUAAAUAAACAAACAUUCCAGCGAUAAGCCAUAAAUUGACAGAAAAAAGCAUACAUCGAUAUAUGUUGUAUUACUGAAUAUUGUAAAAAAAAAAAAAAAAAGGAAAAAAAGUGUAGUGUCAGACUACUUCUGGUUUAUAAAAUAUCCUCAACAAGUCUUUAGCCAUGCUAGCUCAGGACUUUAAAGACGACAGUAUUGACAAUUUCAGCAAAAUCAAAGGCAGAAAAUAAUGAUGUCAUGGCAUCACCAGAAGAUCAGAACGUUCACUAAGCGUCCAGUCGGAUGACUCUGAUGUCAUUCAUAUACAGUUCACAACCACUAGGGGGCAUAUUUUCACGGUAUUUUUACAUGUGAAGGAAGCUACGACUUUGCUCUUUCCGACGUUAUUCCCGUAACUUUGACUUUUUUUUUGUAGCUCUACGACUUUACUCUUGUAGCUCGACUACCUUAUUUUCUUACAUUUCCGACACGUAACUUUCUAUGACAUUUUCUCGUAAAAUGACGACUUGAUUGUUGCAAUACUAUGACUUUUUCCUCGUACCAUUUUAUUAUUGAAUACACAUUUCUUAUUUUCCUAACUUUCCAACUUUAAUCUUGUAGCAAGACUAUCAUAUUUUCCUAACUUUCCAACUUUAGUCUCGUAACUUUAGGAUUUUGUUGCAACUCUACAACUUUUUUCUUGUUAAAUAACGACUUUAUUCGUGUAACACUACCUCUUUAAUCUCUUAACGUCCAACUUCCCACAACUCAAUUUUUUCGUAAAAGUACAACUUUUUUGUUGCAACACUAGGACUUUCUUGUCAUUACUUUACGACUUUAACAGCCUUAUAUACGCAACUUUACGACUCAGUUUUCGUCACACUGCAUUUAUGAAAAAAUGACGACAUUAUGACUUUUUCGUCCUAACUUUACAAUUUUAGUGUCAUAACACCACAACUUUAUUUUCGGAACUUUCUGACUUUGUUCUCAUAACACUGCAACUUAAGUCACGGAACUUUACGACUUUAUUCUUGUAACUUUAUGACUUUAUUGUUGCAACUCUACGACAUUUUCUUGUAAAAUUACAAGUAUUGUAACACUUGUAACACUACUUUGCUUAUUUUCUUAUCAUCCGAUUUUAUUCUCGUAAGUCUAUGACGUUGCAAUUCUAUGAGUUUUCCUGGUAAAAUUACAAUUUUAUUCUUUAAAACUACUUUCUUAUUUUCUUAACUUUCCGACUUUAUUCCCGUCACUUUAUGGCUUUUUUUGUUGAAACUCACCAACUUUAUUCUUGUAGCACGACUGCAUUAUUUUCUUAACUUUCUCAGUUUAUUUGCAUCAUUUUGGCGUGAUUUUUGCAACUCUUUGUUUUUUUUCCCUCAUAAAAUGAUGACUAUAUUCUUGUAACACCACUUCGUUAUUUUUUCAACUUUCCGGCUUUAACUUUUGCGACCAAUUUUGUAGGGUCAGCUAGCGUGGCUAAAAAAAAUUGAGGCGAUGCAACAGUUUGAACACAUUUCUAAUUUAACCACAGUUGACUUUGAGUUUGAAUCACUCCACUCUUUAAGUGCGCAGACAAACGUUUUGUCGACUGGGGAUAAGUCGGUUCUACCAUUUACGACAUAAGUGAAGAAAAGCAUCUUGUUCAAAGAGCAUGACUACCACUAAAACGAUGACAUAGCAUGUGAGAGGCACUAACAAAUCUUUUAUAGAAAAACUUUUAUGAUGGGGUGGGAGGGGGUUACCUUUUGUUCUCGAAUAUACUGAUGCCAUUUUCCUUACCGGUGACUUUCUAUUGGGGUGAAUAAGACCCUGGUACAUUUCAAAGGGGACCAAACGUCACGCAGAUCGCAUUUGUGUGUGUGUGUGUCAUGAAAAAGGAGCAGCCGGUCAGACAUCACGGACGGAAUGAAGCAGAAAGGACUGGCGUGUGGAAGCUGAAGGCACAUGAGCACCUCAUGACUUCACGCAACAUGCGACCGGAUGACGUCUGAGAUGGUUUGGAUGUUUUGGAUGGUUUUGGGGAUUCCCCCCCCCAAACAAAACCACUUUUUGUUGGUCUUCUCAGGCAAGAUUCCUUCAUUGACUAUGUUCUGUUAAAAAAAUCAUCGCUAAUGACUUUUACGGAUAGCAUGAGAUGAGAUGCCGAGCGACAAUGUAGUCGCCACUUUAGGAAUGUACGCCAAAGAUUGUGUUCCAGUGGAAACCAUUUCAUGCUAUAACCGCCAACUUAGUUUUUGUUUUUACAUGUAUUUAUUUAUUUUUAUUUUAAAUUAUUAUCAUCAUUAUUAGUUUUUAACCACAAACUUUAAAUGUCUUUCGGCACAAUAAGAGCUGCAAUUACCUCCGCCAAGUCCCAAAAAAGAUGUUGCUUUGAUGUUUGCUGUUAGCACAAUUAUGAAAAAAGACGACGCAACCUUUUUCCGUGUGACUGUACGCGGCAUAUUUAGAUUUCCGUAUGGUGUUUCCUCAAACAGAGCGAGCGGUUUACAGUUACAGACAAUGGACUGCAAAAUAAAAAUGUUAAAAUAGCCCAAAUCACUUAGUUAACAAAACAAACGAGAUACAAAACACACAUCGUCAUGGUCUCACAGCCGUGCAGCAAGUGCAACCAUGAAGAACAGCAGCGCGUCUAGCUCCACCUUCACACCGACAUUGAACUGAACUCUGAACUAGACGUCAAAUAAUGAUUUCUUAUUUUUUUGCAUGUUUGCCACACUUAAAUGUUUCAGAUCAUCAAACAAAUGUAAAUAUUAGUCAAUGACAACACAACUCAACACACAAUGCAGUUUUUAAAUUAAACUUUUUAUUAUAAAAGGGAGAAAAAAAAUUCAAACCUACAUGGCCCUGUGUGAAAAAGUGAUUGCCCCCUCCCCCAUUAAAACGUAACUUAACAGUGAUUAAUUGAGAUCUAUCAGUGUGUAAAAGGUUAUAAAGCCAUUUCUACAUGAAACCUUUGGGACUCCAGCGAACCACAGUGAGAGCCAUUAUCCACAAAUGGCCAAAACACGUGGUCACAAAAGACCCCACAACAACAUCCACAGAACUGCAGGCCUGACUUGCCUCAGUUAAGGUCAGUGUUCAUGACUCCACCAUAAGAAAGACGCUGGGCAAAAACGGCCUGCAUGGCAGAGUUCCAAGACCAAAACCACUGCUGAACAAAAACAACAUUAAGGCUCGUCUCCAUUUUGCCAGAAAACAUCUUGAUGAUCCCCAAGACCUUUGGGAAAAUACUCUGUGGUCUGACGAGACAAAGGCUAAACUUUUUGGAAGGUGUGUGUCCCAUUACAUCUGAUGUAAAAGUAACGCUGCAUUCCAGGGAAAAACAUCAUAGCAACAGUAAAAUAUGGUGGUGGUAGUGUGAUGGUCUGUGGCUGUUUUGCUGCUUCAGGACCUGGAAGACUUGCUGUGAUAAAUGGAAGCAUGAAUUGUGCUGAAGGAGAAUGUCCGGCCAUCUGUUGGUGACCUCAAGCUGAAAGCAACUUGGGUUCUGCAGCAGGACAAUGAUCCAAAACACACCAGCAAGUCCACCUCUGAAUGGAUGAAGACUUUGGAGUGGUCUAGUCCAAGUCCUGAUCUCAUGCUCUGGCAUGACCUUAAAAAGGAAAAGCCUCCAGUGUGGCUGAAUGACAACAAUUCUGCAAAAUUCCUCCACAGCGCUGGAAGAGACUCAUUGCAAGUUAUCACAAACGCUUGAUUGCAGUUGUUGCUGCUAAGGGCGGCCCACUGUGGUUCGCUGGAGUCCCAAAGGUUUACGUAGAAAUGGCUUUAUAACUUUUACACACUGAUAGAUCUCAAUUAAUCACUGUUAAGUUACGUUUUAAUGGGGAAGGGGGCAAUCACUUUUUCCACACACAGACAUGGAGCUUUGGAUUUUUUUCUCCCUUAAUAACAAAAAGUUUAAAAAGUGCAUUUUGUGUUGAGUUGUGUUGUCAUUGACUAAUAUUUACAUUUGUUUGAUGAUCUGAAACAUUUAAGUGUGACAAACAUGCAAAAACAUAGGGGAAAAAAAAGGAAGGGAGCAAACACUUUUUCACACCGCUGUAUUUCUCUAAAUUUAUGACUCUUUUACCCAAAAGUACAACUUUUUAAAAAUGGUAAUAUUAUAACUUUAUUGUUGUAACACUACCUCUUUUUUCCCCUAAAAUGUAUGACAUAUUUUAAUAUAUAUUUAUAAUAUACAUAUAUUUAAAAUAAUAUUAUGCCAUCAUUUUGUUUACAUAUUUUGACUAAUUAAUACCAUGUAUGCUUUUUUAAAAUCAUAUGACAACUUAAUUUUUGUAGCAUUAUGACUUUAUUGUCAUAUCGUUAGAACUUAAUUGUGUUUUUCUGACUUUUAUCUGGAAUUUUUUUUUUUUUUGCCUCUGCCAAACCCAGCACAUGAAAAACCUCCCCUAAACCAGUAUUUUCACCUUUUUUGAUUACAGUCUGCUUGCACCAGGACCAAGUGGUGCAGUGACAAACCAGAUCCAGCAGAGGGAGCACCGCCUUAUGAUUUUGCAAUCAUGCGGCGGACGUAUUUUGAUUUGUUCGGCCUUGGCGGAGGUCUAUGCUCUACUGUGUGACGAGCUACACAACUCCCCAUACACACUUUUCUGCAUGUUUGUACAAGAUAUUGACGCGAAUAGAUGGUAAUAAUGGCCAAAAUGAGAGUACAGUAUGUUGCUUUUGUAAGUAAGAAUUAAGAAAGCGAAAAGGAAAAUGAAAGUAAGGCAAAAAAAAAAAAGUUAAGACAUCGUUGAUGUUUUGUUGAAUGUCACAGCCCACAUUAUUGAAUAGAUUUACAUCAGCCAAGCAAGCAGCCUCUAUGUACAAGUGUAUUUCAGAAUUCUCCACCGUCUGUACAUAAGUUACACAUUGAAAUAACUUUAUUGACAAUACAGUGCUUCUACAACAGUUGCCAUUCUUGUACUUUGCCUGGUCUGCAUGGCUAAUCUGUUACACCAUAAUAAUAAAUGCUGUUAACGUGGCUGCUAAUGUCUGUGUAUACAUGUCAUAAUAUAACAAGUCAUAAAUGUCUGGGUUGUUUUUGACAAAAAAAACAAAUCUCUGCAUAUGAACUUCCAGUGGCUUUUGGAUUAUACUAUAAUAAAUAUGUGCCUGCAUAUUAAUUUGAUGUGGAAUAAAAACGGCAUUUUUUUCCCCAA